CCUUGUACAGACGGACAGAUCAGACGCGCUGUAUUGCUCCGCCCCCCAACCCCAACCGCUGCCCAGUUCCCUUGCCCUUUCUCAACGCAUCAGCUCCUCUGAAACUUUGUCAACAGAUAACGUGCGUCAGCUCAGCACAACUGUGUGUAUCGUCAUAUCGUAUCGUUGUCAGCACAAAAGUGAUGGACCCUGACUUCUCUGUUAUAUCCCCCUCGGACUAGGAUCAGGCCUUCAGCAUCUGCCGAGCCCAGCCGCUGUACUGCAGGUCACCCCUUGGACCUCUUCGAUGACCGAGAGGUCACUCCCGUAAGCUCGAUUUUCCUCCCCUUCCGAGUCAUCAGGCUUGUCAGCCCUAGAGAAAAAAAAACUCACGCCGGGAACUUAUAAUUUGAUCGGAGAAUCAACACUGUCAACGUCAACGUCAACGAUAACGUCAGUCGGGCAUCAUGGUGAGCAUCCGGCAGAUGUUUUCGUCGAAGAAGUCGCAGGCGCUGCUGGUGCUGCUGCCCGACGGCUCGAUGAAGAUGUACACCAAGCGCAUGCGAGUCAAAGAGCUCCUCCUAGAAUUCCCCGCCUUCACCGUCGCGCUCGACCCCGCGCCCGCGCCUGCGCUUGACGAAGAAACCGUACUCGCCCCCGGCGGUACCUACUAUCUCAAUCCUCUAGACGGCGAGCCGCCUGAUUUCGCUGACGGCGCCGGCGCAUCCGGUUCCGAGCUUCCGCCCGCGCUUCCGCCGCGGAGCGCAAGCUGCGACCAGGGCGGCGGGUCGGGGGAGCAGAAAGCCUCGCGGGAAGCGGGGGGAGUGCCUUCGCGGACCGUUUCCGCCGCCGCUGCUCUCGCGCGCGUGGAUGACGCUCCGGAAGGCGCUGCUGCGCCCGCGGAGGAGUCUGCUGCCGUCUCCACCGCCCCGGCGGCGCGCGCAAAGCCCAAGGAGAUGGACAGCUACGCUGAAGUGGAUGACGAGCUGCUGGCGUACCUGGACCUGGACGACAAGCCAGCAGCGCCGCCCGCGCCGCCCGCCUCGCGCCACGUCACCAAAUUCGGGCAGGAGGACGCAGGGCUCUUUUCCGACGCCGGCAGCUCUUUCGGGGGUAGUGCUCGGGGUUCCCCUGCUGUUGGAGGAAAUUCCCCUUCAGCUGCUGGCUUUGGCGGGCCUGUGCUCUCAGGCAUGAACGCUCUGAGCGGUUCAGCUGGGGGGGCGUCGCCAAUGGGUGGUGGGAUGAUGGCACGGAGAUCGAUGGGCAUGGAGUACGGUGGGGGUUACCAGCAGCAGUAUCAGCAGCAGCAGCAGUUUCCGCAGCAGUUUCAGCAGCAGCAGUAUCAGCAGUCUCCAUCCAGGUCUGCUGCAGCAGCAGGUGCGGCCUGCUAUGGUGGUAUUCUAGGCCGCACUGCCAUGAUGUCAAUGAAUGCGGGGUCAAGCCCCAGCCACAGUGCGACUGGGAGUGCCAGUGGCGGUAACAGUGGUACCCUCCCCUUGGGGCCGCAGAUGGGAGUGCCUAUGGCAGCGCCGCCUGCAGGCACUAAUAUGAUGAUGAUGGGAGGAGCUUCUGCUGCUGCUGCAGCGGCGGCGGCUGCAACGGCUGGCAACAUGGGCAUGGGGAUGGGCAUGGGAGGAGGGCAGUAUAGAAGGCCUGGGCCAAAGAUGGUGGGAGUGAUGGGCGGGGUGGCCCUGGAAUCGCCUGCCACGCACCUCGAUCGGAACGACAGCUAUUCAAGCGCCGGAUCAGGGGGCGGGUCUGGAACAUUUACUGUGUGGUGAAGUGCGUAGCAGUUGCUGGGAGUUAGACAUGCACCGGGGAAUGAGGACAUUGGAAAUUUGGGAUGCUACUAGGUUCUGUAAAAUAGCUAGGACUGAACUUUGGAUCGUCUCGGUGCUGCUCAGGCCUCUGGAUAGGAUUUGGAGUAGUUUUUCAUGUAAGGGUAUGAAUCCUCGACCACUUUUUCUGUAAGGGUGUUUUUUUUUUCGACUUUGUUUUAUAAGGGUGCUAAAA